GCCAUGGACGCGCUGAAUUUCAGCUACUGGAACGCCUCGGAAGGCAACGGCACCGAGGCGGCGGAGGAGCGCGAGGGCUCCUACAAGACGGUGGAGGUGGUGUUCAUCGUGCUGGUCGCCGGCUCGCUCAGCCUGGUCACGGUGAUCGGCAACAUCCUGGUCAUGCUCUCCAUCAAGGUCAACAGGAACCUGCAGACCGUCAACAACUACUUCCUCUUCAGCCUGGCGUGCGCCGACCUCAUCAUCGGACUCUGCUCCAUGAACUUGUACACGGUCUACAUCGUCAUCGGGUACUGGCCGCUGGGCCCGGUGGUCUGCGACUUGUGGCUGGCGCUCGACUACGUGGUCAGCAACGCCUCGGUCAUGAAUUUGCUCAUCAUCAGCUUCGACAGGUACUUCUGCGUCACCAAGCCGCUCAGCUACCCUGUCAAAAGGACCACCAAAAUGGCGGGCAUGAUGAUCGCCGCCGCCUGGGUCCUGUCCUUCAUCCUGUGGGCGCCGGCCAUCCUCUUCUGGCAGUUCAUCGUGGGCGGGCGGACGGUGCCGGAGAAGGAGUGCUACAUUCAGUUCUUCUCCAACGCGGCCGUCACUUUUGGCACGGCCAUCGCCGCCUUCUACUUGCCCGUCAUCAUCAUGAUUCAGCUCUACUGGCAGAUCUCCAGGGCGAGCAAGAGCCGCGUCAAGAAGGAUCAUCGCAAGCCAUCGGGAGGCCACGCGCAGCGGCCCCCGUCUCCCGCCAAGCGCGGGAACAAGCCCGACAACAACAACAUACCCGCCGAGAACGCGGCCGCCUCCCGGAGCCAGAACGCGGAGGACAGCGGCAACCGGCACGGCGGCGGGAUGCAGAACGGCAAAGCGCCCGCCUCCGCCGCGGCGGAGGGCGAAACCGAGGCCGACGAGGCGGCGGGGGAGAUCUGCGCCGCCGGCGAGGAAAAGGAGAGUUCCAACGACUCCACCUCGGGCAGCGCGGCCGCGUCCCACGCCAAGGACGAGGAGACGCCGCCGUCGGCCGCCGAUUCAGACGCCGGCCCGGGCCGCCCGCCACCCCGCCGGCGCGCCAAAGCGGGCGUCUCCAAACUGACCUGCAUCAAGAUCAAGGCCAAAUCCCCCAAAGGUGACUGCUACACACCGUCCGGCGCCACGGUGGAGAUUGUGCCGGCCUCCGAGCGGCAGAACCACGUGGCCCGCAAGAUUGUCAAGAUGACCAAGCAGCCGCCCAACAAGAAGAAGAAGGCGGCCCCGUCGCGGGAAAAGAAGGUGACCCGCACCAUCAUGGCCAUCCUGGUGGCCUUCGUGGCCACGUGGACGCCUUACAACGUCAUGGUGCUGAUCAACACUUUUUGCUCCAGCUGCAUCCCCAACACGGUGUGGACGCUGGGCUACUGGCUGUGCUACAUCAACAGCACCAUCAACCCGGCCUGCUACGCCCUGUGCAACGUCACCUUCAAAAAGACCUUCAAGCACUUACUGCUCUGCCAGUACAAGAACAUUCGCUCCGCUAGGUAGACAUUUCCAAAGACUACGGCGCCACGCGGAUCAUUUGGUGCGAUCGACCGUCCGUUUCCACCAUUUCUCUUGAGAGGCCAUUUUCUUUCACACAUCAUGACAUCGCACAUACUUGUGGGUGGCGAGAGCUCAAGUAAAGCGAUCGUUUAUAAAACAUUCUGAAAUGUCCGCAAAGAAAUCGUAGCAUCAGUAGGCUAUGACACAGGCUACAACAUUUUUGCGCGCCACAACGGGACAACAGGGCUUCCUGAAUUUAAACCUCACGCGUUCUAGGUUCAGCGACAACACCUGUAGAUAACUGUACAAAGCUGCUUUGUGUUCACUCUGAAUCUUCUCCGCAAAUCCCCGAAUCAUACCCACAAAUUGGAGACUUUUUUUCCCAUUAAUUUAGAUUCCUGCCUGCAUCCAUAUUGCUAAAUUCUAUUCGCGAUGAUUUUUAGCGCUGGUCUCAAGCUUUUUUUUUUUGUGGACAAGUUCUGAAAAUUUUAAGGAAAGAAAAUGGAUCAUUCAUCACGGCGUUUUGCUCACUCGGCUCUUUUUGUCAGACUCAUUUUUUGCCGUCGCCACCUAAUAACAUAUUUAUGCGUGCUGCCACAUUAGGCAGCAUCCAACAGGUAGCUAAAGCUCAGAGUUUAUUCGUGUUUGUUUGGAGUGUGAGGAUCACUGUAUGCGGGUGCGAGUUUAUAUACAUUAUGUGUGCGUGCUGAUGCGUGGUUGUGGGCUCCAAGUGCGGAGUUAACUUCGGAUCGCACCUUUACCGGCUUCUAAUUUAAAAGGGCUACUUUUGUCGUCUUUAAUGCCAUAUGGGCACAUUAGCAUCACGUUAGCGUUUUUAUUGGACUCACCGUCACACGCGCGAAAAGUUUUUCAAAGAGGCCUCAAUGGUGAGGAUUUACAAAUGUGACAUUUCUAACUCGCAUUCCCUUAUGUUUCAAAAUGAUGACAAUAGUAACAUUAUUCCACUUACCAGAAGGGUUGAUUUGUCCUUUAUCCACUCACGAUCGAUUUGAGACCCCGGUUUUCGUUGCUGUCCCCUGGAGGCAUGGAGGAGGACCACAUCAACACAAUUUCUUUCAUGGCAAUUGAUAUAAAACUGGUUUAUAAGUGCCAAGAAACAAUUCUAGCAAGUAUUUUUUUUAACAUGAAUCGUCAAAUAACAUGUUCUUGGUCAAGGAAGAUUUGUGGGGAAAUGGUGGGAAAACUGGUCAAAAAGUAAACAACAAUAGCUAAAAUGUCAUUUUCCUCACAAAGUUUGUUUCACUUGACCGAGGUCAUGAGAAAAGUAACAUUAUUACAAAGGGGAACUGGUGUCUUUUUAUCCACCUCGAUGAGGGUUGGACGUCCUUUAUGAACGUAAAACGAAGGCUGUAAUGUCUCGUUUAGCUAGCAUGUCAUUUUCCCCACGCCGUGGCUGGAAAGUAUAUUAUUAUAAUAUUAAUAUGAAUAUUAAAAUGAUGACACAGCACCGGUGACAAUUGUAACAUUAUGACACUUACCAAAAGUGUCGUUUGAGCUUUUUUCUCUCUUGGAACAACCUUCGCCGUGGGAACAUCUGCGGUUGUGUACAAAUUCAUCGUCUACAAAUUUGGAGGGAAAAUACACAUUAAUGGUCAAAUGCUGCCCCCUCGAGGCAUGGAAGACCUAAUUAAAAUAUGACUGGGUGGGGAAUUCGACCCAUUAAUUUUUUUUU